CCCUGCUUACCCCGAGCAACGAGAGAAAAUUUUUAAGAGUGUUGCAGUCAGAAAAAAUUUAAAAUUGAGAAGCAGUGAAGAAAAAAUUAUCAAAUAUAAUUAUUGAAUUUUCAAAAUAGUGAGAUCUCAGUGAAAGAAGUUAUAAGAUUACAGAUAAAUUGAAGAAUAAUGGAUCACCUGGAUAUAGACUCGAUUAUCGCAAGGCUUUCGGAAAUUCCAUCACAACAUGAGGACAAGAAGAAAGGGUUUUUCACACAGGUACGCACCAAGCCAAAUCGAUCUGUUAAUAUGACCGAACAGGAAGUCAGAGGUUUAUGUUUGAAAUCACGAGAGAUUUUUCUUCAGCAACCGAUUCUGCUGGAGUUAGAAGCGCCACUUAAGAUAUGUGGCGACAUUCAUGGCCAGUAUUCAGAUUUAUUGCGACUAUUCGAGUACGGUGGUUUUCCGCCUCAAGCAAAUUAUCUAUUCCUUGGAGAUUACGUGGAUCGAGGAAAGCAAUCACUCGAGACAAUUUGCCUCCUUCUCGCCUACAAAAUCAAAUAUCCAGAAAAUUUCUUUUUGCUACGCGGAAAUCAUGAAUGUGCAAGCAUAAAUAGAAUUUAUGGAUUUUACGAUGAAUGCAAACGUCGUUACAACGUGAAGUUAUGGAAGACCUUCACAGAUUGCUUCAACUGCCUGCCCAUAGCUGCAAUAAUCGAUGAGAAAAUCUUUUGUUGUCAUGGUGGACUCAGCCCAGAUUUACACGGAAUGGAACAGAUUCGACGCAUUAUGAGACCAACUGAUGUUCCUGAUACUGGACUUCUCUGUGAUCUUCUAUGGUCCGAUCCAGAUAAAGAUGUACAAGGGUGGGGUGAAAAUGAUCGUGGCGUAAGCUUUACAUUUGGAGCUGAUAUUGUCUCAAAAUUCCUAAAUCGACAUGAUUUGGACUUGAUUUGUCGAGCACAUCAAGUUGUUGAAGACGGAUAUGAGUUCUUUGCCAAACGCUCUCUCGUAACAUUAUUUUCAGCACCAAAUUAUUGUGGAGAGUUUGAUAAUGCCGGUGGGAUGAUGUCGGUUGAUGAUUCACUCAUGUGUUCGUUCCAGAUAUUGAAACCUAGUGAAAAGAAAGCAAAAUACCAAUAUGCGGGUUUACAAUCAAAUUCAAAUCGUCCACAAACACCGCAAAAUAAAAAGAAAUAAGUAAAUGAAGCCAACAGACCAACAAAGUCGAUCGUUCAUGUAAUGAAUGCAACAACACAUCCCCAAAUCAAUCAUAAAAAUCAAAAACAAAAAAAAGUAAAAAAAAACAAAAACUUAAAAUAAGGAAAGAAAAUUCUUUAAUAAUGCAAUGUAUGAUGUCAUUUAAGAUUAGUUCUUACGAUUGACUUUAAAAACUGAAUUAUUAUAAAGUUCAUAGUAAAGAAAUAAUUUCUUUCAUAAGUUCAGUGAUUAGAAGAAGAAAAAAGUGGCUCACUAAUAAUUAAAACAAUUUCUUCUUUUUUUUAUCAUAUUUUGUUCAAUUUAAAAAGCGAUAACGGUUCCUUUUUUACGCAUUGUCGUCAGUCAUUAAUUUAUUCGCUCAUAUGAUUUAACAAUCGAUCCCACCCGCUUUUAGUUUAUUCAAGAAAUGAAUUUUUGUUUAAAAAAUUAUUAACUACUUACAAAAACAAGAAGCAAAAGUAAAAAAGUAAUUAGGGAUUUGAGUAUAAAAAUUGCGUAGAUAUUUCUUUUUGAUGUUUAAAAUAAACUACACGUAAGCAUUUUUUUCUAACAUUGAACCACCACGUGAUUGCAGUACAAACCCUGCUAAAAUAAACUCAAAUCCAUUACAUGCGUAUUACAUCAAAAAAUCACUUACACUCUCGUACAUUAACAAACACACACGUUUAUCGAAAAAAUAAAUUAAUGGAAAAUAAUUUCCGUUAAUAAUUAUUCGAUACAAAAAUUUUACGUUUACAUGCAAGAAUAAUAAACAAAAAGAAGAAGCAGCUCUUCAUAAAUAAUUAAUUUCUUUUCACGUUUCCCUAAAACUAAAAACGACAGACAGCUGCACGAUACUUAAGAUUAUCUCAAAUAAAAUUUCCCUCUAAAUAUCUAGCUCAUUCUUUCAAAUUCUACACCAAGUAAUUUUUCAAUAAUAAUUACAAAAGAAAUUAUAACAAUCUUUUAUUUCUUAAAACAAAACAAAGAACAUUGUAAAGAAAUAUAUAAGGAAAGAUAUUUUGAGAAAAAAAGAAAUAAAAUAAUAAAAUUUCCAUACAAAGAAAACAAAACCCAUAGA